ACUGCAGCCUCAUAUUCCCUUACGAGCAUCGUGUGUGUGUGUGUGUGUUUGGGAGGCACUGUAAUGCUUUGACAGCAGCUUGACAUUGCCUUGAAAGGUGCUGGAGGCUCUGCAAGCACUUGCCAAGAGGGGGUGGGGGAGAGGAAAGUGUGUCAGGCAACACUGCAGUCGCAGCCUCUUCUUGUGCUCAGCCCCGCUGCUGCUGCUGCUGCUGCUGCAACUCGGGGGCUGCUGCGCGGCUCCGCUGCCGGCCAAGUUCUGGCGCUGAGCGCGGCACGGCGGCAGCGCUGCCUCCGCCGCAGCACCGCCCGCGCUCCCUCCUCCCGUCUAGGCCUUUUUCUAUUCCCCCACCCCCGCCUGAAAUGCCCGUGAAAGCCACCGAGGGGCUCGGGCAGGAAGGGGCCCGCACAGCUCCACGGGAUGAUGCCCGCUCUCCGCCGGCGGGGCGCGGGGUGGAAUUCCGUCGGGAAUGAAGUGCUCGCUCGACAUUUGCUGCGUCUGCCGGAGCGUCAGGGUUCAGUGGCUGCCUCCCCUUCCAGCAGCUGUUCCGGUUAAUCACUGCGCUUCCAACUUUUGCUUGGCAAUGCCUGAUGGCCAGCGGAGCCGGGAGAGCUAGCACGGGAUUUUUAGGACCUCAUUAAAAAAAACCAAAAAACAAAAAACCAUACCCUUCAUUUUCCUAUGUCUACACAGGACUGGCGAGCCGCACGUUAAACAGCCGUGUAAAGGUAUUUCUUCCUAAAGGACUGCCACAUUUCUGAGCCCUCGCAAACUGGAAAGCCCAGGACGAUCUGUGUCCGAUCUCGCUGCCGGGAAGUGCGGGAGCCGCGUGUGCUGCGGCCGCGUUCGGCCGUGGGAGGCAGCCCGCGCUGCCCGGGAGGGAUUCCAGCGCGGGCAGGGAGAGAGGACGGAGCGGCUCUUGCAAUUAGUUGAAUGAUUUGAUAGAUAACAGCAGACAUGCUUUGUGGACUGAAAAAGGAUUUGCAGUCAGACUUUGAUGAUGGCCCUUACUCAAAGGGGAGCAAGGACUCUGGUGGGAUGGACACAGCCCUGGUCUCCAGGAGGCAAAGCAUCCCAGAGGAGUUCAGAGGGGUCACAAUCGUGGAGCUGAUUAAGAAAGAAGGAAGCACCCUUGGUUUAACCAUUUCAGGUGGCACAGACAAAGAUGGAAAGCCAAGAGUCUCCAAUCUGAGGCCAGGAGGACUGGCUGCAAGGAGUGACCAGCUGAACGUGGGGGAUUACAUCAAGUCGGUGAACGGCAUUAACCUGACCAAGCUGCGGCAUGACGAGAUCAUCAGCCUGCUGAAGAACGUGGGCGAGAGAGUGGUGCUGGAAGUGGAGUACGAGCUCCCGCCAGCUGUGCCAGAAAGCAGUGCUGGCAUUAUUCCCAAGACUAUUGAAGUGUCCCUCUACAAGGAAGGCAACAGCUUUGGCUUUGUGCUGAGAGGGGGAGCCCAUGAAGACUGGCACAAGUCCAGGCCGCUGGUGCUCACCUACGUGAGGCCGGGCGGCCCUGCAGACAGGGAAGGGUCCUUGAAAAUUGGGGACAGGCUGCUGAGUGUGGAUGGGAUUCCUCUGCACAGCAUGACCCAUGCGGACGCCCUCAACAUCCUGAGGCAGUGCAGCCAGGAGGCACUUUUCCAGAUCGAGUAUGAUGUGACCAUCAUGGAUACUGUAGCAAAUGCUUCUGGUCCUUUACUAGUUGAAAUAGCAAAGACUCCAGGCUCUACGCUGGGAAUCACACUGACCACAGCCAUGCACCGGAACAAGCAGGUCAUUGUCAUCGACAAGAUCAAGCCAGCCAGCGUGGUGGACAGGUGUGGUGCAUUGCACGUUGGUGACCACAUUCUCUCCAUUGAUGGCACAAGCACAGAGCACUGCUCCUUAUUAGAGGCAACUCAGCUGUUAGCUGCCACUUCUGAAAAUGUCAAGCUGGAGAUACUACCUGUUCACCAAAGCAGGCUGCCUUUGAAGCCUCCAGAAACAGUCAAGGUGCAGAAGAGUGACCACCAUCACUGCUGGGACCCCUGUGUCAACUACUGUCACACGCACCACCCCGGACACUGCAAGACACCCACCUGGAACCAGACACCUGGGCAGGAUUACUGCAAAUCUCUGGUGGCUGCCAACUUCUCGUCUCCCACCAUGAACGCGCAGGGAUUCCCGUGCCAGAACUCCAACACGCUACCUCGCAGCUCCCACCCCAUGAGCCCCCGCACCACCAUGCUGAGGAGGAGACAGAAGAAGAAGGAGCACAAGAGCUCACUGUCACUGGCCUCCAGCACGGUGGGUCCUGGCGGGCAGAUAGUCCACACGGAGACAACAGAGGUGGUCCUCAGGGGAGACCCUUUGAAUGGCUUCGGACUUCAGCUCCAGGGAGGCAUCUUUGCUACCGAAACUCUGUCUUCCCCACCUCUCGUCCGUUUUAUCGAGCCUGACAGCCCGGCAGAGAGGUGUGGACUGCUGCAAGUGGGGGACAGAGUCCUUUCCAUCAACGGCAUCGCCACGGAGGACGGCACCAUGGAGGAGGCCAACCAGCUGCUGCGGGACGCGGCGCUCACCAACAAAGUGGUGCUGGAGGUUGAAUUUGAUGUGGCAGAGUCUGUCAUACCCAGCAGCGGCACUUUCCACGUUAAAUUGCCCAAGAAAAGAGGUGUAGAGCUUGGAAUUACAAUCAGCUCUGCAAGCAGAAAACUUGGGGAUCCUUUGAUCAUCUCUGACAUCAAGAAGGGGAGUGUAGCACACAGAACUGGCACCUUGGAGCCAGGAGACAAGCUGUUAGCCAUUGAUAACAUCCGACUCGACAAUUGCUCAAUGGAGGAUGCUGUGCAGAUUUUAAGGCAGUGUGAAGACCUGGUCAAAUUGAAGAUUAGGAAGGAUGAAGAUAACUCUGACGAGCAGGAGACAACUGGUGCAAUUAUCUACACGGUGGAGCUGAAGCGAUAUGGGGGCCCUUUGGGAAUCACCAUCUCCGGGACAGAGGAACCUUUUGAUCCUAUUGUCAUUUCGGGCUUGACUAAACGAGGGCUGGCAGAGAGAACCGGAGCCAUCCACAUCGGAGACCGGAUCUUGGCCAUCAACAACGUGAGCCUCAAGGGCAAGCCGCUGAGCGAGGCCAUUCACCUGCUGCAGAUGGCGGGAGAGACCGUCACCCUCAAGAUCAAGAAGCAGACGGAGAAAUCCUACCCCAAGAAGUCGGGGAGCAUAAAUGAAAUAAGUGACCCAGAAGAUGAGCUGACAGACUCCCAGAAAACUAGCAAGCUGUCUGAGAUAUACUCCACCACAAUUCCGAGUGUGGACAAUACUGUGGAGUCCUGGGAUGGCUCUGCCAUGGAUGCUGGAUAUGGAAGCCAAGGGUUCAGUGUGGAAACAGGAGCUGUUAACCGCAGCUGGAACUGGCUGGAGGCAGGAUCUGCAUCUGUGGGUACGUACAUACCGCAGGCUGCCGGCAUAGCCCUCCAUCCACACGAGUGGAGACACAGCAGGCAAAAGAGCAGCACCCCUCCAGCAGACCCCAGGAAAAACUACCCCUACAUGGAUGGGAGCUUCAGUGAGGAUGACUGGGACAAGCCCAGCAGAUACCCCAACCGCCAAAAUGGCCUUGAGACCACUCAUGAGGACAAUUUUUGGCGUGUUUUUGGAGAAGCUUUGGAGGAUUUGGAAACAUGCGGCCAGUCUGAACUUUUGAGGGAGAUUGAGGCGUCCAUCAUGACAGGGAGCGUGCACAACCUGGGCCUGGAGGGCAGCAAGCUGCUCCUGGACUCUGCCAACCCCUCGGGAAUGAGCCCGCUGAGGAAAGCCAGCUCCAGCCGUGCCGACGGACAGGCUGAGGGCAGCAGCUCCCCUGCCAAGAAGAAUGAAAGGAACCUGGACGUGAAGAAGAUGGAGAAGGAGAUGCAGGAAAUCAUGUCCCCGACCCCCCUUGAGUUUCACAAGAUGACACUGCACAAAGACCCGGAGAGCGAAGACUUUGGAUUCAGUCUGUCGGAUGGCCUGUUAGAAAAAGGUGUCUAUGUAAAUAUGGUCCGGCCGGAUGGGCCAGCAGAUCAGUGUGGCCUCAAGCCAUAUGACAGAGUGCUUCAGGUAAACCGCGUCCGAACGAGAGACUUUGACUGCUGUCUGGCCGUUCCCUUGAUUUCAGAGGCUGGAGAUAAGCUGGACCUGGUGAUUAGCCGGAACCCCUUGGCACUGGCUGCCGGCGCUGCCUCGGAGGGGAACAGAGAGCUCCAGGCGCAGGGGCCCCGCAGUGCCGAGCUCAAGGCGAGUGUCCAGACGCUCUGAGCAGCAGGAGCAGAGCAGGUGAUGCCUCUGCUGAGCUCUUGUGGUAUUUGGGGUGUUUUUCCUGUUUUUUUGCACUGGUAUUUGUAAAUGCUCUGUGUACCAUAACCUGCAAGGGGAGAGAUGGGUCUUCAGUGAGCCUGGAGACCGCCAAAUAUUGCUGGAAAGGUCAGAGCUGGGUGUGAAUCUGGGGCUGUGGCAGUGAUGGCAGUGCGACAAACAGCCCAUAGGAGGAAGGAGCAUCCACAACCAUCCCCCAUGGUAGGGCAUCCCCUCUGUGCUCCUACCAUCAAGUGUGCAGGAUCCUGCCUCAGACAUCCUCCUCACCCUGAAAGGCCUUGGCCGUCCUACAAACACACAUGGUGCUAUUAUGUUCCUUGUUUGCUCAGUUAAUCACAUACAGCAGGACUGAAAUGCCUUCCUUUUUAUGUUGUGCCCAGCUCCAUCCUUUCAACACUCUUGGCAAAUCGAUUUCUGCAGCCCCUUGCACUCCCAGUGCAAGGCUGUGGAGAGAGCCGGUUAAAAGACACUUCAAAAUGUGCUUGAGAGUGGCUAAAUGCAAUUCUUGUGUAAAAAUUGGUGUUAGCAGCUGUCUCCUGCCAGCCCUAUCCACACUCCCCCCUAGGUGUGGCUCACCCUGUAGUGGGAGCAGGCACCUCGUGUGGCUGAUUCCCAUGAGCAGUGUUGUUACCUGUGCUCAGCAGUGACUGCAGAGUAGAGGCCACACCCAAGGCUAAAGGCCUUGAGUACCUGCCUGAAUCCCCCUUGUUUGUCUGAGCUUUAUGGAGAUGUCUCACUCGCAAACUUGGCCUGUGCCUGGAAGUAAAUAGCAGAAUAGUGAAAUUCCCAUGGCUGCCCCUGAUGUUUUGGAUCAACAAAACCUUGCUGCUCCCCUGAGGCAGAGGCAUGACGAGCCCUUGGUUGGGUGGGGGAUGUUUUCCUGCGGGCGGUGUGUGCCCCUUUCCCUUUCGCUGGCCUCUUGUAGCUCUGCGGCCGCUCUGGUCCCACCCGGCCCCGCCCGGGGCUGCGGUGUCCGCAUCGCCCGCUCUGUUCCUCUCAGUAGCACUUUAUGGUGAUGUUCUGUCGUGGUGGCGGCGUCAGGCCGCCUUCGCUUUCCCCAGGGGGCCCGGGCCGUGGGCCGGAGGGCUCGCUCCGUCACACCCGGCAGCUCCGAGCCCCCUGCCCCCGGUCCCCGCUGGCCCUUCCCGCUCCUCCAUCCCCGCUGCCCGCCGGUGGCGGGGCUCGGGUGGGUGCACCACGCGUGUGUCGCUUUGCUGAGCCGGGACCUGUCCCGCACUGUCUAUCCCGACAGCCCCCUGUGACAGCACAGAGUAUCCUGUGUGUAUCCUGGGUGUCUCCUGGGUGUAUCCUGGGUGUAUCCAGGGUGUUUCUUCCAGGCACGGCCCCAUCCAGCUCUUUGUCGUUGUAGCCAUUUUCUCUUGAGUAUGCAAUAUCCCAUCCCAUUGCUGCCACAGCUAGAUAACGUGCCAUAAUUGAUACUGUGGAGCAUUGACCGUGCAGCCGAAAGUGUUUUUAUAUGCAAUAUUCUGAGCAGUGGAAGCUCACUGGGGCUUCUCUUAGGUUUUUAAUGAAGACUUUUAUUAAAGGCUUUAAAAAAUAACAAAACAAAACAAAACAAAACAAAACAAAAAAAAAAGGAGGAAGAAAAACUUGGUCCUUGUAUCCCUUCCUAUGCAUUUUGAAUGAUAUGAAGAUGAAAUGCAUUAAUUAAAUGUGUAUUUUUAUCCAUAUAUUAGAGUGUAUUCCUUGUAAAGUAUUUUUAUAUGCUAAUUUUCUUAUGUAUCUAUGAAAGCACAAUAUUUAAAAGUACAGCAUUUCAAAGACUAUUUUAGUCCUGUUUUGGACCUAUUUGUAAAUCUCUGUAUUUAAAUGGGAUUGGAAUGACUUUGACUUUUUUUUAAAAUUAAAUAAAAGCAAAUGAAAUGC